UAGCUCACAGCUUGUUGUAAGUAACUCUUUCAGCUAAAGUCUGAACUGACAUAUCACAGCGAACUUCAGGAGCAAUGAGCCGUAUAUUCUUGAUGGUGGGGAUCAUCCUCGGUGUGGUCUUCGUCGACUUGUCUAAUGGCCUGUCUUGCCUGCUGUGUGACGAAAGCAAGUGCGUGAGUCCAAAAUGCAAACCGAAGCACCAGAUCAAGGACCUCUGUGGUUGCUGUGACAUUUGUGGUGGAAGAGUCGGAGACUCUUGCUCUGGAUUUAAUCAGUGCGCGAAUGGCCUGUGGUGCAUAGCGGUUAAGGGUAAUGAAGCACAAGCAAAGAGGAAAAUGAUCUGGCAUGACCAACUCGAAGGUGUCUGUGGAAUUCUGCGGACAGAUCGACGAGACACGAAAGGUUGACAACCUGUGUGACGUCAUACCUUCCAGAUCAUUUUUUGACUGAAAAUGAAAUAAAUAUUCUCAAACAACA